AUGUUGGGUCGUCAAGAAGAUAAAUUAUGUGGAAUUUUCUCUGCUCUGGCGGCUUUGUCCUUCUUCUGCUUUGUUCAAAGCUCUUCCACUGGAAGCACUGGAAUGUCUGUGGCCAAGACCACCGUGGACAAGUUGCUGAAGGGAUAUGACAUCCGUUUAAGGCCUGAUUUUGGAGGUCCUCCAGUCAUCGUAGGAAUGAGCAUCAACAUAGCGAGCAUCGACUCCAUCUCAGAAGUAAACAUGGACUACACCAUCACAAUGUAUUUCCAGCAGAGCUGGCGGGAUAAGCGUUUGGCCUAUAAUGAGCUGAAGCUAAACCUGACACUGGACAACCGUGUAGCAGACCAGCUUUGGCUCCCUGACACCUACUUCCUUAAUGACAAGAAGUCCUUUCUUCAUGGUGUGACGGUGAAGAACCGUAUGAUCCGACUGCACCCGGAUGGCACUGUGUUAUACGGGCUGAGAAUAACCACCACUGCUGCGUGCAUGAUGGACUUGCGGAGGUACCCUCUUGAUGAACAGAACUGCACCCUGGAAAUUGAAAGCUAUGGAUAUACCACGGAUGACAUCGUAUUUUUCUGGCAAGGAGGAGACAGUGCUGUGACGGGCGUCGACAAGUUGGAGUUACCUCAGUUUUCCAUUGUAGACAUCCGUUUAGUGUCAAGAGAGGUCAGGUUCACCACAGGUUCAUAUCCAAGGCUUUCGCUGAGUUUCAGGAUUAAGAGGAACAUUGGAUAUUUCAUCCUGCAGACGUACAUGCCCUCCAUCUUGAUCACCAUCCUCUCCUGGGUCUCCUUCUGGAUCAAUUAUGAUGCCUCUGCAGCUCGGGUGGCCCUGGGUGUGACAACGGUGCUUACCAUGACAACAAUUAACACCCACCUUAGGGAGACUCUCCCAAAGAUUCCGUAUGUGAAAGCCAUCGACGUCUACCUCAUGGGCUGUUUUGUGUUUGUGUUCCUGGCCCUGCUCGAAUAUGCCUUUGUAAAUUACGUGUUCUUUGGCCGGGGCCCUGCGCAACAGAAGAAAAUCAAUGAGAGGCUGAACAAAGCCAACAACGAGCGCACAAGAUACGAAGAGAAGCGCCUGAGGGAACAGGACUCCAUUUCCGUGCCGUAUCAAACCAACACCUUCAGGUCAUUUACACAGCGAAGAAAUCUGUAUCUCGAGGAACAAAGAAAAGUUGGGGUGGAUGCUUAUGGAAACAUCCUCCUCACCACACUGGAGAUGAACAACGAAGUGAUGCCUUCUGACGUGGGAAGCAGCGUCAGUGACUCUCGGAAUUCGGUCAUGUCCUUCGACAGCUCCGGGGUCCAAUUCAGGAAGCCCAUGGCGCGCGAUGGCUUCAGCCACCACUCGCUGGAUCGGAGCGCCAUGCGGAGCCGGGCCAACUGUCGGCUACGACGACGCUCCUCCAAGCUCAAGUUGAAAAUCCCAAACCUGUCAGAUGUUAGCACCAUUGACAAAUGGUCCCGGGUCAUUUUCCCUAUCACCUUUGGAUUUUUCAACCUAAUCUACUGGUUGUACUAUGUGAAUUGA